AUGGCUUCUUUAGCUCUUUCUAGUUUAAUCUUGCUUUCUCUUCUUCAAAUAUUACCUUGUUUGUCCGCGGCCAACAUAAGCCUGGGUUCAUCUCUGUCCACCACCAGUGACAACUCUUCAUGGCUGUCACCUUCAGGUGACUUUGCUUUUGGUUUUCGCCACCUUAACAAUUCAGACCUUUUCUUACUCGCCAUCUGGUUCAACAAAAUACCUGAGAAAACUAUUGUUUGGUACGCCGAUGGAGAUAACCCAGCUCCAAGAGGAUCAAAAGUUGAGCUUACGACAGACGGCCUUUCGCUGAAAGAUCCUAGAGGCCAAACAAUAUGGAGUGCAAGUCCUUCCACCAGAGUUGCGGAUGAAGCUGCCAUCCUUGACACAGGAAACUUCGUGCUAAUAGGUAAUGGCUCUAACUAUGUUUGGCAGAGUUUCGAGGAUCCCAGAGACACUAUCUUACCCACGCAAAGAUUGGAUUUGGGUAGUAUGCUGGUUUCUAAGGUGACAGAAACCAAUUUCUCCAAGGGCAGGUUUGAGCUCCAUUUGAUGAACGGAAGCCUAGUGCUCAAUCCUGUAGCGUGGCCGACUAGAUUCAAUUAUAAACCUUAUUAUAACAGUAAUACUUACAGUGUUAAUUCUUCGGAGUCUGGCCAUCAGCUGGUUUUUAAUGAAUCAGCCGACAUUUACAUUGUAAAAGCUAAUGGUGAAAUUGUUCAGUUGCCUUCAUGGACUAAAUUAGCAAAUCCUAGAGCUGAUUACUAUUUUCGAGCGACUUUGGACUUUGAUGGAGUUUUCACAGAAUAUGCUCGUCCAAAGAACCCUGAUGAUAACCAGGGUUGGUGGCCUCUGCGAGUUGUUCCUGAAAACAUGUGUUUAGCUAUGUUUCACGACAUUGGCAGGGGUGGUUGUGGCUUCAAUAGUUACUGCUCAAUUGAAAAUGGGAGAUUUAGUUGUGACUGCCCACCUGGCUAUAUAUUUGUUGAUCCAAAUAACAGAUUUAGCGACUGCAAGCCAACGUUUCGACAAGGGUGUGGAGGUGAUGAUGCAUCCAGAGAUCCAGAAGAACUAUAUGAAAUAAGGGAAUUCAAUAAUGUAGAUUGGCCACUGGGAGAUUAUGAGAGGUUGGAACCCUAUAAUCAAACAAUGUGUGAAAAAGAUUGCCUGCAUGAUUGCUCUUGUGCUGUUGCGAUAUUUGAUGGCGCAAGGUGUUGGAAGAAGAAAUUGCCACUAUCCAAUGGAAGAUCCAGUGCCACCGGAUUCUCAAAAGUUCUAUUCAAAGUCAGGAAAGGAAAUUCUCCAGAUUUUGCUGCCAAUUCUGGCGGUAAUAAAGGAAUAUCACCCUUAUUAGGAGCUCUCUUAUUGGGUGGUUCUGUAUUCUUCAACGUUCUUUUGCUAGUGGCUUUUUGUCUAAUUGUCUUUGUGUUGCCUAAGAGAAAAUAUGGAAAUGAUAAUUUCCAAGAUUCAAGCAAUUCUGAAUCAAAUUUGCGUUUCUUUACUUACAAUGAACUCAAUGAAGCUACAGAUUACUUCAAGGAAGAACUAGGCAGAGGUUCUUUCGGUACGGUGUACAAAGGUGUCCUCAGAACUGGUUCAAGAAAUGCAAUAGCAGUCAAGAAAUUGGACAAGUUGGCUCAAGAAAGGGAAAGGGAAUUCAAAACUGAAGUAAGUGCUAUUGGCAGAACCCAUCACAAAAAUUUAGUUCAGUUGCUUGGAUAUUGUGAUGAAGGUACUAAUCGGCUUUUAGUAUAUGAAUUCAUGAGCAAUGGAACUUUGGCUAAUUUCCUUUUUGCACUUCCAAGACCUGACUGGAAUCUAAGAGUCAGGAUUUCCCUGGAGAUUGCUAGAGGGCUUGUGUACUUGCAUGAAGAAUGCAGUGUUCUUGUCAUCCAUUGUGAUAUAAAACCUCAGAAUAUACUUCUAGACCAGUAUUUCACCGCAAAGAUUUCCGACUUCGGAUUAUCAAAAUUGUUGCUCUCAGAUCAGUCUCGAACUCGAACCAUGAUCCGAGGAACUCGAGGAUAUGUGGCCCCUGAAUGGUUCAAAAAUGUAGCUGUGUCUGCCAAAGUGGAUGUUUAUAGUUAUGGUGUUAUGCUGUUAGAGAUAAUUUGCUGCAGAAGAAGUGUGGUGAUGGAAAUAGAGGAAGAAAGAAGAGCAAUACUAACGGAUUGGGCUUAUGAUUGCUACGUUGAACGAAGGCUAGAUGUUCUGGUAAAUGAAGAUGAAAUGGCCAUGGCGGACAAAUGCAGGCUGCAAAAGUGGCUGAUGGUAGCAAUCUGGUGCAUACAAGAAGAUCCUUCUAAAAGGCCUACAAUGAAGACGGUGUUGAACAUGUUAGAAGGAUAUUUGGAAGUUCAUGAACCUCCAUGCCCCUCUUCCUUCAGCAUAGCCGUUGAGAGUUGA